AGUUAUUUCCUAGGCCAUCAAAGCGGUACUUUUAAAGCAGGUCAGUCUUAAAAAGAUGCGGUCGCAGCCACCGCCGCCGCCGGGAGCGUCUCCUUGGCCUGAAACGCUCGACCCCCUCCUCUGCCCACCUCCCCCUGUCCUCCGGCUGGAGAAGUGAGGGCACACGAAUGGUGGUUUGUCAGGGGACUCACACUCCGCCAACGGGAUCGCAUCGCCUUCGUGUUCUGCCUGAGAUUUCUCAACGCCAAGUGCAAUGUGGUGUGUACAGCCAUACUGUUGUAUCUGUGUCCUCACCCCCACCCCCUACCCCGCCACCUGACCAAUGCUGGGAUCUGAGAUCUAGUCGCCCCCUUCCUGCCUGCUUUCUGUCUCUCCCCACCCUGUCUUCUCUCAUCUCCACGCCACCCACCCCCAUUCCCACCCAUCCAAAGGGCAAAGAGCAAAGACACUCGGGAAAGGCAAGGGCUAGCUGCAUCUCCUCCAGUAGACCGAGGCCGCAGGCAGGGAUUGCGCUGUGAGAGACAAUCUUUCAGUGAGACACAGAGAAAGAGAGAAAUCCAGAAAGGAACCCGUGCUCCCGGGCACCGGGGAGCUGGCCACUGAAGGAAGAGCACCAAGAUUUUCGAUCAGGAGAUCCCGGUCCUGGGACGCUCACACAGCCUGCCUGCCAUCUGGGGCAAGGAACGAGAGCUGUGGUCCUGAGCCCUCGGUCUCCAGCAUCACCGCGCUAGGUGCGCGCCCCGCUCUCCCAUCGCUAUGCAGCGACCAUUUCCCUCUAAAUCUCAAAGGUGGACCACUCAAAACGGAUUACAAGCGUGAUUUGGUAGCCUUUCCGAAAGUUGGUGGCCGAAAGAGGGGAAGAUCCUGGGCGACAGAAUGACGGAUACAAUGCAGCCUCGCGGAGAGUUUGCCCCUCCCGCUGGGAAGCCCCUCGGAGCGAACCUCGGAGAUCCUGAGCGCUCUGCACCAUAGUUUUGUAAUCAGCCACAAAUGAUGAAGCCGUCCAUAGCUGAGAUGCUUCACAGAGGGAGGAUGCUGUGGAUAAUUCUUCUAAGCACAAUCGCUCUAGGAUGGACUACUCCAAUCCCCCUGAUUGAGGACUCAGAGGAAAUAGAUGAGCCCUGUUUUGAUCCGUGCUACUGCGAAGUUAAAGAAAGCCUCUUCCACAUACAUUGUGACAGCAAAGGAUUUACAAACAUUAGUCAGAUUACUGAGUUCUGGUCAAGACCCUUUAAACUGUAUCUUCAGAGGAAUUCCAUGAGGAAAUUGUACACCAAUAGUUUCCUUCAUUUAAAUAAUGCUGUGUCCAUUAACCUUGGGAACAAUGCAUUGCAGGACAUUCAAACUGGCGCUUUUAACGGUCUUAAGAUUUUAAAGAGACUAUAUCUUCAUGAGAACAAACUAGAUGUCUUCAGAAAUGACACCUUCCUUGGCUUAGAAAGUCUGGAAUACCUGCAGGCAGAUUACAAUGUCAUUAAACGUAUAGAGAGCGGGGCAUUUCGGAACCUAAGUAAAUUGAGGGUUCUAAUUUUAAAUGAUAAUCUCAUUCCUGUUCUUCCAACCAAUUUAUUUAAGGCUGUCUCCUUAACCCAUCUGGAUUUACGUGGAAACAGGUUAAAAGUCCUCUUCUACCGCGGAAUGCUCGAUCACAUUGGCAGGAGCCUGAUGGAGCUCCAGCUAGAAGAGAACCCUUGGAACUGCACCUGUGAGAUUGUUCAGCUGAAGAGUUGGUUGGAGAGGAUCCCGUACACCGCCCUGGUGGGGGACAUCACCUGCGAGACGCCUUUCCAUUUCCACGGGAAAGAUCUCCGAGAAAUCAAGAAGACAGAGCUCUGUCCAUUGUUGUCUGACUCUGAGGUGGAGGCCAGUCUAGGGAUUCCCCACUUGCCAUCAAGCAAAGAGAACGCCUGGCCAACGAAACCUUCUUCAAUGUUGUCCUCUGUUCAUUUUACAGCUUCUUCUGUUGAAUAUAAGUCCUCCAACAAGCAGCCAAAACCCACCAAACAGCCCCGAACACCCAGACCACCAUCUACAUCCCAGGCUUUAUACCCUGGUCCAAAUCAACCUCCCAUUGCCCCCUAUCAGACCAGACCACCUAUUCCCAUUAUCUGUCCAACUGGCUGUACCUGUAAUUUGCAUAUCAAUGACCUUGGCUUGACUGUCAACUGCAAAGAACGAGGAUUUAACAACAUCUCAGAGCUCCUUCCAAGGCCCUUGAAUGCUAAGAAGCUCUACCUGAGCAGCAAUCUGAUUCAAAAGAUAUACCGCUCUGAUUUUUGGAAUUUUUCUUCUUUGGAUCUCUUGCACCUGGGGAACAACCGUAUUUCCUAUGUCCAGGAUGGGGCUUUCAUCAACCUGCCCAACCUGAAAAGUCUCUUUCUCAAUGGCAACGACAUAGAGAAGCUGACACCAGGCAUGUUCCGAGGUCUACAGAGCUUGCAUUACUUGUACUUCGAAUUCAACGUCAUCCGGGAAAUCCAACCUGCAGCCUUCAGCCUCAUGCCCAACUUGAAGCUGCUAUUUCUCAACAAUAACUUGCUGAGGACCCUGCCAACCGAUGCCUUUGCAGGUACAUCCCUAGCUCGGCUCAACUUGCGGAAGAACUACUUCCUCUAUCUGCCAGUAGCUGGCGUCCUUGAACACUUGAAUGCCAUUGUGCAGAUAGAUCUCAAUGAGAAUCCUUGGGACUGCACUUGUGACCUGGUCCCCUUUAAACAGUGGAUCGAAACCAUCAGCUCAGUCAGCGUGGUAGGUGAUGUACUCUGUAGGACCCCCGAGAACCUCACCCACCGUGACGUGCGCACUAUUGAGCUGGAAGUUCUAUGCCCAGAGAUGCUACAUAUUGCACCGCCUGGACCAUCCCCACCACAGCCUGGAGAUUACCACCCGAAUGGAGCACCAACAAGUUCAUCACCGUAUGAGUUCUCUCCUCCCGGGGGCCCUGUACCACUUUCUGUGUUGAUUCUCAGCCUGCUGGUUCUAUUUUUCUCAGCGGUCUUUGUUGCUGCAGGUCUCUUUGCCUAUGUGCUCCGUCGCCGUAGGAAGAAGCUGCCCUUUAGAAGCAAGCGGCAGGAAGGUGUGGACCUUACAGGAAUCCAGAUGCAAUGUCACCGACUCUUCGAGGACACUGGGGGCAGUGGUGGUGGGAAUGGAGGUGGAGGUCGACCAACUCUGUCCUCUCCAGAGAAAGCCCCUCCCGUGGGUCAUGUGUAUGAGUACAUCCCCCACCCAGUUACCCAGAUGUGCAACAACCCCAUCUACAAGCCUCGAGAGGAGGAAGAAGUGGCUGUCUCAGCAACCCAGGAAACAGGAGCUGCAGAACGUGGAUGUCCUGGAACGACGCAGCCUCCAGGAAUGGGUGAGGUGCUCUUAGGAAGUGAGCAGUUUGCAGAAACACCGAAGGAGAAUCACAACAACUACCGGACCUUGCUGGAAAAGGAGAAGGAGUGGGCCCUGGCGGUUUCCAACUCCCAACUCAACACCAUAGUGACGGGGAACCAUCACCACCCUCAUCCUCACCACUCGGCAGUCGGUGGGGUCUCAGGGGUCCACACGCCCUUCCUUCCUAGUGUACAGUUCACAGCAUCUCUCCUACCACCCUGGGAAGAGUCACAUUCGAGGCUGGAUCCUACUGAAGUGAAGGCUUGUUGGUUUCACAGCUGGAGACACACCUAGGGAUGAACACCCUCCUUGUGACAUUUCAUCCUGAUGCCAAGAUUUUUUGAGAACAUCUGCACUUUCUUAUAUAUAUAUAUAUGAUAUUAAAAAAAUAAAAAAGCAACUGGGUAUAUAUCACUAACAGCUUUGUAGGAAGCACUUUUAAUGUUUUCUCUCUCACACACACAAAGAUUCAAAAGAAAUGUGCAUAUAUUUAUUCUGUAAUUUCAGUGAUUAUAAAUUGUAAAGGUAAUGUUUAAUCAUUGUAUAGUGAUUAUGCGUCUGGUAUAGCUUUCCUAAUAAAAAGUUUUUGAAAAACAUAAUACAUUAUAUACAGAAGAUAUAAAGCUUGAAUUUAAACUUCAGCUAUGCCAUGGCUUUCGUACUUCCAUUUAAAAAAUAUUUAUUUUACUUGAUAUACAGAAAGCUAAUUGAUCAACAAGUUUGAUGCACUGUGAUAUUGACCAAUCUCAUUAUAGAUUAUUCAUAUCCCAUAUCAGGAUUAAAUUGGAGCUUGGAUAUGCUAAUCUAUAGUUGAUUUUUUCCUGGGUUAUAAACAUUUCAAAUUCGCUUUCCCAGUGAGGCACUGCUCCAUAGGUGGGGUGUGACUGGGAAGAAAGAAAGGGGCUGAAGUGACGAGAUGCAGGGUUAUUCUGGGUAAGAUUACUGAGCGUCCUUGUGUUUCAAGACAGGAGACGGCAUGAAGGAACAGAGAAACGAAAUAGCUCUCCUUUAAAUAACAACGAACCCUAAAAUUAGAUUCAUCAGCAGCUUAGGUAGCACCACACUCUCCACGCACAGGCACGGUCCCAGAAAAGCUGAUGAUAAAUGAAACUAUGGAAUAUCUGUUCAUCUGCGAAAGUUGUCAUUUUUAUGUUUGGACACUGCUCUCCCAAUCUCUCCACAGCAAAUGAACCCAGAAAUGCUUGAACUAAGACGUAUGAUACUAAUUAAGUUUUCUUUUUCUGUAUGGAAUUAAAAAAUGUUUCAAAGUUAACUUGAAGAUACUUUUAAGUUAUGAUCCAUUUAUACAUGAGCAAAACCAAAGAAAACUGAAAUUUAGGACGCAAGACGGGACUAGAAAGGCACUUACCCAGGCUGGCCAGUAGAGGGCAGCAGAGCCCCAGCGAUAUCCAGACGCCCCACUACCGAGUUGUAAAGAGAAGCUCCAGUUCCUUCAAGCUGCCCUUAGAAAUGAUCACUACAUGCUGCAUGUAAUUCACCACGAGUCGCGGAGGCCUUACAUUACAUCAUUUUCCCACACAAAAAGGAUAAAACCACAAGUUUCUAAAGCUUUGUGGUAUAAACAUUAAGACAUUGUAUUAAAUAAUGGGGAAAAGUGAAUGUCUAGAACAUGUUUAUAUAAUCAUUGAAACUACAUGUAGAUGUGCAUACAGAUAAAAUACACAAGUACAUAAAUAUUUUAAAAAACGCACUUUUCAGGGCUUCUUUGCAUUUGAUAUAAUGGCAUCUGUAACUUCUGUCCUCAGCUGUUCAGUCUAUUUGGGAGUUCUUUCAGAAAGUCCAUAAAAACUAAUUAUUUUCUCUUUAUGUACAAUAUCGAAAUGAAGCUUUCCUUCCUCAGGAGAGUUGAACCCCUUAUAAAAGAGAUGACAUGGUUUCAAACUGUCCUACAGCCUUACUUCGCUGGGUAUCUCACCUUCCACAGUCUUUCUGAUCAUCUUUCCCUAUUUACAGUG